AUGGGCGACAUUGAGACUUUCCUCUUCACUUCUGAGUCCGUCAACGAGGGUCACCCUGACAAGCUCGCCGAUCAGGUGUCAGAUGCCGUACUGGAUGCCUGCCUCGAGCAGGACCCCUAUGCCAAGGUGGCUUGCGAGACUGCCACCAAGACCAACAUGGUCAUGAUCUUCGGUGAGAUCACCACCAGCGCCAAGGUGGACUACGAGAAGGUUGUCAGGGACACCUGCCGAGAGGUUGGCUUCACCUCCGACGAUGUGGGCCUGGACGCCGACAAGUGCAAGGUGCUGGUCCACAUUGAGGAGCAGUCACCAGACAUUGGUCAGGGUGUGCAUGGUCUGGGCACCAAGACCCUGGAGGAGAUCGGUGCGGGAGACCAGGGCCACAUGUUCGGCUACGCCACCGACGAGACCCCCGAGCUCAUGCCCCUCACCCAUGUCCUCGCCACCCAGCUGGGCUUCCGCCUGACCGAGGUGCGCAAGAACGGCACAGUCGGCUGGCUGCGGCCGGACGGCAAGACGCAGGUGACGGUGGAGUACAAGAAGGAGGGCGGCGCGCUGACGCCCAUCCGCGUGCACACCAUCCUCAUCUCCACCCAGCACUCCCCCGACGUCACCAACGACAAGAUCCAUGCUGACCUCAUGGAGCAUGUCAUCAAGCCCGUCGUGCCAGAGAAGUACCUCGACGACAAGACCAUCUUCCACCUCAACCCCUCCGGCCGAUUCGUGAUUGGCGGGCCCCACGGCGACGCCGGUCUGACCGGGCGCAAGAUCAUCAUCGACACGUACGGCGGCUGGGGCGCCCACGGAGGCGGUGCCUUCUCCGGCAAGGACCCCACCAAGGUCGACCGUUCCGGCGCCUACAUCGCCCGCCAGGCCGCCAAGUCCAUCGUCGGCUCUGGCCUCGCCCGCCGCGCCCUCGUCCAGGUGUCGUACGCCAUUGGAGUGGCCCAGCCGCUCUCCGUGCACGUGGACACCUACGGCACCGGCACCAUCGGCGACAAGGAGAUCCUUGAAGCCGUCCUCAAGAACUUCGACUUCCGCCCAGGCAUGAUUGCCCGCAACCUGGACCUGAACCGCGCUCGCUACAAGAGGACGGCCGCCUACGGCCACUUUGGCCGUGAGCCCACCUCCGACUUCACCUGGGAGAAGAUUAUCGACCUCAAGGCCAAGGUCUGAGCGCUGCAUCACAGCCAAGCCCGCCCAGAGCGUUGUGGCGAAGGAGUAGCCCGACGGCACAUGUUAUAAGAGGCCGCUUGCUGCUCUCUGAUGCUGCUAGGGGCUGCACAGUUGCAACGCAGUUUUGGGCCCACAUUUGAUUAUUGUCAUGUGUGGUUCAGCAGGCACAGCCAGCCAAGUUCUGAGCAAUGGUGUGUCACCACGUUAACGCUGUAAUAUACUUGUCGUGAUCGCAUUC